CAUGUAUGGUACACAAGUACUUCUUUCGGUACCACAGUCGGACCCCAUUAAACCCGGCGAGCAAUUCAUCAAAGCAAAGCUUGUCUGUCUGUCUUUGUUUGUCUCGCAAUCAGCCACCACUGUAAAAGUGAAUCGAAGAUCACUUUACUUUGACGCCCAGUGGCUCUCCAAACUUCAAUCGCCUCUCGGCAGUUCAUCAACGCAGUGGAUUGUUGUCUGCACUAAUUUCAAACAUUUGGACAGAAAUGGACAGUAUCCGACAGGAAAAGGUGCAGAGAUUUGAGGAAUUUGUAGAUCAUCGCUUAAAACCAGACCUUGUUCAUGCUAUUGCUGAAAGGGACAAAGUCUUUGAAAAACAAAAAGUAUUCUCAGAUUUGAGAAAGAGCAUAGAAAAUUUAGAGAAGAAUAGUGUAACCAGUCUCAGGACAUUGGUCAAUCUCGGUUCUGAAGUGUACAUGCAAGCUGAUGUGCCAGAUACAAGGCGUAUAUUUGUAGAUGUUGGACUUGGAUUUCAUGUGGAGUUCACCUGGUCUGAAGCUCUAAAUUAUAUAAUUGCAAGGGAAGAAAAGCUAGCCAGGCAAAUAGAGGAGUACACACGCCUAAUUGCAUCAAUCAAAGCCCAGAUUAAGAUGGUUUGUGAAGGGAUACGAGAAUUACUCCAACUUCCAGGAGAGGGGUCUUACUAAAUGACAGUUCUCAAAUUUUGUAUAACUCAGUUCCUGCUGCUAAAUUGCUAGCGUAUCUACACAAUGAAGAUAGAGAGGAGAAAACAAGGACAGACAAAUGAGGUUUGUUAUGGACCUGCAUUUCUGUGGUGUUUCUAUAAAUAGAAGAUGGUAUUGCUAUCACAAAGGUGUCAAUAUUGUGAAGUUGAUGGAUUAUACUUUUGUGGAAGCAGAAAAAGAUUAAUUCUAGUAUGAAAUGCAUUUAAAUUCAACAGUUGAUGGCUUGUGUCAUUGGUGUUGACAAUCUAUUGUCAUGUUUGAUUCCCGAAUUGAAUCAAAUGGGAAAACUUAUCUUGAGGGAACAUUUUAGUCAUUUAAUUGUAAAAAAGUUAUCUUCAGAUAAGCUGUAUCACCUUCAUAAGGCAAAAUAAUUCUACAAGACACGACUUGAAUCGGGUGGGAUUGAUUGAUCUACAUCAAUAAUUUAUAAUGUGAAAGCAGUAAAUAGCAGUAUA